UAAAAGGAGAGAAGUGUAGACGAAAACAAGUUGGAAGCUGACGGAAACGGAAAUGGCGGAGGACAAUCAUCCACCAGCAGAUUCAACCACCAACGCCGCCACAAUACCUGAAUCGCAAGAUGCAGCCCUCCAGCGGAAGCACGUGGCAAUGGUAGAGCGCCUCAACAAUCUCCACCAUUCCCGCAUUUCGCAGAAACCCAACUCGGACCUCACCUCGAACACUGAGUCCAUUCAGUCCUUCCUAGCUCGCUUCAGCGAAUCAAAGCUGUCCAUCGAAUCCAACCUUGCUCGCAUUUCUCACACGACCUCCUCGGACCCCGAUUCGUUAAAAUCCGAGCUCCAGAACGUUUCCGUCUCAAUCUCCACCCUCGAGAAGCUCGUCGCUGAGAGCUCCUACUAUUUACCCUCUUACGAAGUCCGCACCUGCCUCAAAACUAUAUCCGAUCUCAAGCUAUCCCUCGAUGACGCCACCUCCCAUGUCAUCCCCAAGAAAAAAUUCUCCUUCAGAAACAAAAAGAAACCAUCCGCAGAUCCUAGUCCAAGCCCAGCUCAAAACAGCAUCGUAAAUGAGUCAGAAAAGCCAACAUUGGGGAUAGAAAUUGUGGGUUUGAGUGGGCUUUUUCAAUCUUCACAAGGGUUUAGGGGUAAGGAGAAUGAGGUUUUAGUGAAGGAAUUUGAUAGGGAGGGCGAAAUUGGGGAAUUUUCGGUGUCGAAUUUGAAGGGUUGUGAGGUGAGAUUAAAGGGUUGUCUGAGGGCGUUAUUUGUGAAUAAGUUGAGAGGUUGCAGGGUUUAUGUUGGCCCGGUUUUCGGGUCGGUUUUGAUUGAGGACGUGGAGGAGUGUGUUUUCGUGUUGGCGUCACAUCAGAUUAGGAUUCAUAAUGCUAAAAGUUGUGAUUUUUACUUAAGAGUGAGGAGUAGGCCGAUCAUUGAGGAUAGUAGUGAGGUGAGGUUUGCACCAUACUGUUUGAAGUAUGCUGGGAUUGAGAAGGAUCUUGGGGAAGCGAAUUUGAGUGAAGAGACUGGGAAUUGGGCUAAUGUGGAUGAUUUUCGGUGGCUGAGAGCAGUGCAGUCUCCAAAUUGGUCAGUUUUGCCUGAAAAUGAGCGCAUUGAGAUGGUCGAUAUCUCUAACAGGAAUGAGAACGGAGGAUGAUGCUGAAGUCUGUUUUAUUUCGCAAUCAGGGGCUUGGUGCUUUGAAAUUCAUAAUUUUGUAAAGGGGGUAACUUUUAUGGAGAUUGACCAUAGCUAAUGUCAAUUUCAAUUAUUAGCAUUUAUCCUUUUGAGGUCACUUGCAUGUUGUAGACUUGGAAUCUGAUUUUAUUCAAAUUUGUUUCUAUGAUAAACAUUUACUUCUUGCAUGGAGUGCAGCUUUUGUUAGUAUGACUUUAUCAAUUCUGUUGAUUGGAAAGUUUAUCAAUUGGUGGCGGAAAGUUUGUUUCA